ACACACGAACAGAGCGUGGCGGAGGAGAUGAUCGGAUGGGGCGACGUGUACAAGGUGGUGGCCGCCAUGGCGCCGCUCUACUUCGCCCUGGGCCUCGGCUACGGCUCGGUGCGGUGGUGGAAGCUCUUCACGCCGGACCAGUGCGACGCCGUGAACCGCCUCGUGGCCUACUUCGCGGUGCCCUUCUUCGCCUUCGACUUCGCCGCGCGCAUGGACCCCUACGCGCUCAACUACCGCGUCCUCGCCGCCGACGCGCUCUCCAAGCUCGCCGUCGCGCUGGCGCUCGCCGCCUGGGCCGCCGCGUCCACGCGCUGCUGCCGCGCCGGCGCCAAGCGCGGCGGGGAGCUGGCCUCCUCGUGGUGCAUCACCGGCUUCUCGCUGGCGACGCUGAACAACACGCUCGUGGUGGGCGUGCCGCUGCUGGACGCCAUGUACGGCGGGUGGGCGCGAGACCUCGUCGUGCAGAUAUCGGUGGUGCAGAUCAUCGUCUACUUUCCGCUGCUGCUGCUGGCGUUCGAGGCGAGGCGUGCGUGCGGUGGUGGCGCAGGGAAGCCUGACGCGGCGGCGGCGGUUUCAGCGAGCGACGACGACGUGGAGGACGGCGGCGCGGAGGGGAGGAGGCGGCGCGAGCCGGUAUGGCCGUUGGUGAGAGCGGUCUGGCUCAAGGUGGCACGGAAUCCCAACGUUUACGCGGGCGUCCUCGGGGUCGCCUGGUCUUGCGUCACAAACAGGUGGCACAUCGUGACGCCGAGCAUCAUCGAAGGCUCGGUGCUGAUCAUGUCCAGGACCGGCGUCGGGCUCGCCAUGUUCAGCAUGGGCCUGUUCAUGGCGCUGCAGGAGAAGAUCAUCGUCUGCGGGGCCGGCCUGACCGCGCUGGGCAUGGCGCUGCGGUUCGUCGCCGGCCCGGCAGCCACCGCCACCGGAGCCGUCGCCCUGGGGCUCCGCGGUGACGUCCUGCGCCUCGCCAUCAUACAGGCUGCGCUCCCCCAGUCCAUCACCACGUUUGUGUUCGCCAAGGAGUACGGCCUGCACGCCGAUGUGCUCAGCACCGCGGUUAUAUUCGGGACGCUGGCGUCGUUGCCCGUGUUGAUCGUGUACUACAUCGUUCUAGGCUUCGUUGGAUAGUUAAUUAGGGCUUAUAUACAAGUUCUAUAUAUAUCUCCCUAACCCUAGGGACUGACUAACUGAUGAGUAAACUGCGUGUACUAGGUUGUAAGUUGUAACUUGCUCUUCUGCAAAUAAUGAUCACAACUAACACCCUCUGAACUGCGCACAUAGGUCCCUCGUUAAUAAAUGGAGCUCCAUAUGUACCUGUUUAUUCUCAUUGAUAAACUUAUCGUAGGGGCGAAGAACUUGUGGGGUGCGUGAGUGUCAGGCUCAUUACUGAAUCUACACUUGUUAUUAUCUUUAUUUAGCUGUAUCAGUUCCAGCACGCUCUGAAGACCCUCCGAUCGAGAUCAAACGGCCCGGAUGAAGCUAGUGAACCGGUACACGGGCCACUACAGAGAUGAUGUGAGCGAUAUCCGAUCUUCAUCCAACGGCCUACAUUUAAUUACCUAGCUGGCGCCUUUUAUUGUUUCUGAUCAUGUCACAUUGAGCUUUCUCUUUUUCACCUUUUACUUCUUCGGUGUAAUGGCUCCAUAUAAAACCUAAGAGUCCUGCCGGAGAGGGCAUCAAAUUGUAAUCGAGUUGUAAAGCCUAGCCGAGGGGAGACUUGUGUGAGAUCUCACAUUUACGUGAGAUCAUGAGAUCAACCUCAAAAUUUCAUA